UUCUGAGCGGGCUUCCCGUACUUAGCAUGGCGGCCUGACGCCCGGGCAGCCAUCUUGGGGGAAGGCAAGAGGCCGCGGGUAUUGCCGCGCCGCCGUUUCCCGUGAUGCCUCAGGAGCCCCGCUCUCCUCUCGCCUCCGUCGCCCCCGGAAGAGGGAGCUUGGCGGGGGCGGUUGUUGACAAUAUGGCGGCUGCUGGCUGCUCCGCGGGAGGAAGAGGCGGAGGGAGAGGAGCCGGCAGGAGGAGGAAGGAGUCUCAUUCAUAGGGAGCCCGGCCCGCUGUUCUCCCCCCUCCCCGCCCCGCCACCAUGUCCUUCUUCAGGCGGAAAGUGACAGGCAAAGAACAAGAGAAGACCACAGAUGUAAAAGCAAUUAAAACUCCAAUACCAGUACAUUCCCCUCAGAGAAGCACUAGAAAUCAUGCCUUGCUGGAGGCUGCAGGACCAAGCCAUGUGGCAAUUAAUGCCAUCUCCGCCAACAUGGACUCUUUUUCUAGCAGUCGGACAGCUGCUCUUAAGAAGCAGCCAAGUCACAUGGAGGCUGCACAUUUUGGAGACUUAGGCCGAUCGUGUCUGAAUUAUCAAGCUCAAGAGACCAAAUCAAGCCUUUCAAAGACCCUUGAACAAGUCCUGCAGGACAGUGUUGCCCUCCCUUAUUUUAUCCAGUUUAUGGCACUGCGUAGAAUGGAACAUUUGGUUAAAUUCUGGUUAGAGGCUGAAAGCUUUCACUCCACAACAUGGUCCCGCAUAAGAGCACACAGCCUGAACACAGUUAAACAGAGUUCAUUGGCAGAGCCAGUGUCUCCUUCAGUAAAACAGCGUGAAACCACAGUAUCUUCUCCAGCUGGAUUGCUUGAUGAGAGCUUGGAGGAUUCCAGCACAGUCCAUCUGCUCAUGACCAAGACAGUACCUACAAACCUGAACGAUAGAAUUGACAAUGUUCAGAACCACUUGCUGUCAAGCCAUGAUAGCAAUAAUGCCAGGGUACUUCGUCUUGGGAAGUCUGAGGCAGGGACCCAUUCUGUUCCAGCUGAACAGCAAGACUCUUCCAAGCUUACAGUAUCAAACAGAAACAGCCCCUCUUCUGCAAUAAAGGACUUGUCAGGAAAACUAAUGAAAAGUAUAGAGCGGGAUGCAGUUAAUACUUUUACCAGAUAUAUUUCUCCAGAUGCUGCUAAACCAAUACCUAUUACAGAGGCAAUGAGGAAUGACAUAGUGGCAAAGAUUUGUGGGGAGGAUGGACAGGUGGAUCCUAACUGUUUCGUUACUGCACAGUCAAUAGUGUUUAAUGCAAUGGAACAAGAGCACUUUAGUGAAUUUUUGAGAAGUCACCAUUUCUGUAAAUACCAGAUUGAGGUGCUGACCAGUGGGACUGUUUACCUGGCUGAUAUACUCUUCUGUGAAUCAGCACUGUUCUAUUUUUCUGAAUACAUGGAAAAGGAAGAUGCAGUUAAUAUAUUACAGUUCUGGUUGGCAGCAGAUAACUUCCAGUCUCAGCUUGCUGCCAAAAAGGGCCAGUAUGAUGGGCAGGAGGCACAGAAUGAUGCCAUGAUUUUAUAUGAUAGGUACUUCUCCCUUCAAGCCACACAUCCUCUUGGAUUUGAUGACUUUGUGCGAUUAGAAAUUGAAUCCAAUAUCUGCAGGGAAGGAGGUCCGCUCCCUAACUGUUUUACUACUCCGUUACGGCAGGCCUGGACCACCAUGGAGAAGGUUUUUUUACCUGGCUUUUUGUCCAGCAACCUUUAUUACAAAUACUUGAAUGAUCUCAUCCAUUCAGUACGAGGAGAUGAAUAUGCAGGGGGGAAUAUUGCACUGACUGUUCAAGGCCCCAGUUGCUCUCCUGACAAUGAGCCUCAUACAACUGGUUCUGAUGGUUCUGUCUCACAGUCCAGUGUCAAAAAGGCUAAUGUUAAAAUCCUGAAAAAUUUUGAUGAAGCAAUAAUUGUAGAUGCUGCAAGUCUGGAUCCAGAAUCUCUAUAUCAACGAACUUAUGCAGGGAAAAUGACAUUUGGAAGAGUCAGUGACCUGGGACAGUUUAUCAGAGAGUCGGAACCGGAACCUGAUGUAAAGAAAUCAAAAGGGUCCAUGUUUUCACAAGCUAUGAAGAAAUGGGUGCAAGGAAACACAGAUGAGGCCCAAGAAGAGAUGGCUUGGAGGAUAGCAAAGAUGAUAGUCAAUGAUGUUAUGCAGCAGGCACAAAAUGACCAGCCUUUGGAAAAAGUUACAAAGCUAUGAUUUUAGAAAUGCCAGAGCGUGUUCUGCUUUUGAAGAUGAGUGAACUUUUUCUCUUUUGGUGGAGUCUUCUUUAACACAGCCAAUGAAAAUAAAACACUGUUACUUCAGACAGCUGAUACGCCCUGAUCCAUCAGGGAGGAGGAGAGGGAACAAUUCUAUAUCUCCUCAACAAAGUACAAAGUAAUGUUGUUUUUUUAAUACUGCACGUGGCGUUCACAAUAAUGAAGGUUUUAAAGAGAUGAAGAAGCGCUUCAUGAACAUGUCACUGGAAAACUGUGAUCAGCUUCACAAAUACUUUACCCCGUCUUGGAAGGACUGUUAAUCACAAUAUCUGCAAUGGGACAUGGGCCACACUGGGGAGGGGGGAAGGCUUUGUUGUAGUUCCUAGUUCUACUACUACUUGUAAUUUUUAAACACACAACUGUAAAGGCCACAGGGCAGCUUCCCUGACCUUAUGCAUUGGAGAGGUCAGCCUGAGAUGAGGAAUACAUUGGCAGUGACUGAUCAAAAGAGCUAUACCCAUUAUAUUUUUCCUUACUUGAACUAGAUGAGUAUUCAACUGUAAGAUAGAUAAAUACAUUUUACUUCCUUCAUAACUGCAUUCGUUUUGAAAAAAAGCAUAAAAUGGCCAGGAAUGAAGACUGGACAAUAUAACUCUUUCUGCCCUUAGUCAAGCUGUUACCCUUGCAUACACGACGCAUUCCUUGCUUCUAGUAUGCAGAAGACUUACAAACCAAUCUCUCACCUGUGCAGCCCUCCGUUUCUGAUUCAUGGAUCUGAGUCCAGCCCACUGUGUUGAGCGGACUGUGCCCAGUGGACUCUGCUCCAUUUUCUUACCUCUCCAUCAUGCAGGUAUAAAAUAACUCCCAUUAUGAGUUGCUGCCAUUCUCCAUAAUGUACUGUCGUCAAACCAAGACCAUAUCUAUUCCUAGAUGUUUGUUUUUAAGGAAAAAAGAUCACUCAGUUUUAGGACAUUUUGCCUUUAUUUCCCCUUCAUUAUUUUCAGCAUUUGCAACUUAUAUAGCCUUUGUUUUAAACAAAAAGCCACAGCAUCUACCAUACUACUUCUCACUUGGUCGCCAGACCAGUGAGGUGAUUCUGCAGAGCAUCUGAAGCACUCAAGUUGUCACUCCGUUAUAUUAUCGCUGUAUUUUUAUUGUGAAGCAUUUCUGGUUUGGGUUUAUUUUAUUAUGAUUGCUUUGUUUUCUCAAGAUUGUGCAAAAAAUCAUUUUAUAAAAAUUCUCAAUCAUCUCCAAUGUUCAGAAAGUCUUGAUUGACUAGCAAAUAUUAUUCUGUUGCAAUAUUUGACUGUAUAGAGGCACACUGUGUAUUGUCUAAGAAGAAGCAAAAAGGCUGUGUAUAAGGUUUUUGGUACUAUGUACCACCUCUUAUUUCUCUCAUGCCCAAGUAUUCAUGUACUUAAAACAUAUUAUAUUUAAUUGUGUUGAUUUAAAAUAUAUAAAUAUUAAAAAUUGUGUCAAUUUUC